GAGGGCGCCAUAGUAAGAGAGAGCGCCAGACUACAGAGCAGCGCAAGUCUCGCGAUACUUUAAAGCCGGAUAUAGUAGUCUUGCAGCCUUGGGAGCGAUCGCUGGUGUUUUGGUGCUCAAUGUGGUUUCGGUAGUGUGUUACCAGGAAAUGGACGAUGUGUUUGUCCAACACAGUGUUAAAGUGCUCAAUGCCCUUAAAAAACAGCGAGAAGAAGGCAGGUACUGUGAUGCCACUUUGGUUGUUGGAAAUGUUAAUUUUAAAGCCCACUGGAGUAUAUUGGCCUGCAGCAGUCUUUAUUUUCAAAGUCUGUAUGGAGACGGAACCUCCACAAACAUUAUCUUGCAUGAAAGCUUUGCUGAAGUGAUUGGACUUGUGCUGGACUUUCUCUACACCGGAGAGCUGGCUCUUACAGAGGAAAAUGUUCAGAAGGUCCUCCUUGCUUCAAAAGACCUUGAGGUAUUGGAAGCCAUCGAAGUGUGUGAAAGGUUUCAGCCCAAAACCCUUCAGCCAUCUGAUAAUAAUGAAGGUAACAGCCAGGAAACCGGUAUCGUAGAAGCUGUAGAUGAACAUUUAAAGCAAACAAGCGAGGCAGAUGUUGAGAAAGUACUAAAUGAUAUUUCAGUGCUCACAAAUACCCCGUCUCAAGAAGGCAUAACUAGUCAAAGCCACGAGCAGGACAGCACUGUGCCUGUGCAUCUGGUACCUGGGGAAGACACUUCUGUUCUUUCAGAAGCCUUUAAAAAGACAGAGGAUUUAGAAAACCAGCAAGAACACACAGAAUUCCAGCAGCAAAAAAAAAGCCAACGGAGCGAGCAGAGUAUUAACAAUGAUGGAGAAUGCAUAACGUGGGAUUUGGAAGUGGGCCAGAUCCAUGAAGAUAUAACUGAAGAUGAUUCAUACAUGCAUGAAGAAGUACAUGAAGAUUACAUCCCAGAGCCAAAGACUCCAGACACCAAGCAUAAGGCCUGUGUUGUAAAGAGAAUCACUAAAACUAAUGACAAUGUAUUGGCCAUUAAAACACUUGAUGUGAAUAAGGGAAAUGCUAACAAGCCAGUGCAGUGCUCCACGUGUCACAAAACAUUUCUCAGCAAAUAUUAUCUGAAAGUACAUAACCGAAAACACACAGGAGAAAAACCAUUUCAGUGCUUGAAAUGUGGCAAAAGAUAUUUCAGAAAAGAGAACCUUAUAGAGCACGAGGCUCGGAACUGCAUGAACAGGACUGAGCAGGUUUUUACAUGUACCUUGUGUAAGGAAGUGUUCAAAAGGAGACUGGAAUUAAGAGUUCACAUGGUUUCCCACACAGGAGAAAUGCCAUACAAAUGCCCUACAUGUGGAAAAUGCUUUUUUUCUCGGACAGAACUUCACUUGCAUGAAGCCUUCAAACAUCGUGGGGAGAAGUUGUUUGUGUGUGAGGAAUGUGGGCACCGGGCAUCGAGCAGGAGUGCGUUGCAAAUGCACAUCAGAGCCAAACACAAAAACGAGCGGCCAUUUAUCUGUGAAUUCUGCCACCGUGCAUUUACUCAGAAAAACAAUUUAAACAUGCACCUCAAGACUCACACCGGCGAGAAACCCUUCCAGUGCCAUCUGUGUGGCAAAACAUUCAGAACUCAAGCUAACCUGCUUAAGCACAACCGUACACAUACGGGGGAACGGCCUUUCAGCUGCGAGUUCUGUGAUCAGAAGUUUGCAGACAAAACUCCUCUCCAGAGACAUGUCGCCACCCGGCAUCAAGAAGGACGGCCACACUACUGCCAGAUAUGCUGCAAGACUUUCAAAGCGGUAGAACAUCUGCGAGUUCAUGUUGAACGACACAAAGGCGUAAGAAAGUUUGAAUGCACAGAAUGUGGUUAUAAGUUCACUCGACAGGCACAUCUGAGACGCCACAUGGAAAUUCAUAACCGCCUAGAAAAUUACAAUCCCCGCCAGAGAAAACUCCGCAAUCUAAUCAUCGAGGACGAGAAGAUGGUGGACGUGAGCUUGGAGAGCCCUCCUGAACUGGAAGUGGGUUCUGCAGAGGUCAUUGUUGAAUCCAUUUCAGCCGGCUCAUUGCCAGAGGUAGUCACAGAGGAAAGGAUGUGUUCAGAGGGAUUCCCACCGGACGUCAUGGAGCAGACUAUUAUCAUAACAGCUAUCCCUCAUGACUGUGAAACGUGAUCAUGAUCAACAAAUAAACUCCAGUGUAUUUUUUCAUUUUUUUUGUCUCAGAAAUAAAAUGUGCUUUGUUUGGUGAA